CUGUAUGCUGUUUUUUUAUAAGGUCUACAUAUUAGGAAUAAAAGAGAAUUGUAAACAAUGUUGCAUUCUCGACACAUAAAGAAACAACUUUUAAAGUUAAAAAAAAUUGCCAAUGCUGCUUGUACUUCAUCAAAGAUAUUUAAAUCGAAGUUUCAUGGAGUGUCAGAUGACUGGGAGGAAGAUAGAGGUCCAUUAAAUGGUGUCCGAGUUUGUGAUAUGACAAGAGUACUGGCCGGUCCUUAUUGCACCCAAAUUCUGGGCGACAUGGGUGCUGAAGUUAUCAAAGUAGAAAGACCAGGUGUUGGUGAUGAUACACGACAUUGGGGUCCUCCUUUUGUUGGUGGUGAAAGUUGUUACUACCUCUCCAUUAACAGGAAUAAAAAGUCAGUGUCCGUGGACUUGACAAAGCCAGAAGGAAAAGAUCUGAUAUAUGAUUUAGUGAAACGAAGUGAUGUUUUUGUUGAAAACUUUACACCCAAUAAGAUGAACUCGAUGGGUUUUGGAUAUGACGUAUUAAAAGAGAUUAACCCAAGAAUUGUGUAUUGCUCCAUCAGUGGAUUUGGUGCACGUGGUCCAGACCGAAAAAAGCCUGGGUACGAUUUAGUUGCAAGUGGGAUUGGUGGAUUAAUGAGUAUAACAGGACCAGAGGAUGGAGACCCAUGUGUAGUGGGUGUGUCCAUUACAGAUAUCAUGACAGGAAUGUAUGCACACGGAGCCAUCCUUGCAGCACUGUAUGAAAGAGUGUCAAGUGGUGUUGGGAAAAAAAUAGAUGCUUCUCUUCUUCAAUCACAAGUGGCGUUUUUGUCUCACAUUGCAGCAAACUAUCUCAAUGUUGGUCACGUGGGUAAGAGGCAUGGUACUGCACAUGGUACUAUCGUACCAUAUCAGGCUUUCAAUACCGGUGAUGAGCAUGAUAUUGUAGUGGCUGCAGCUAACAACAAACAUUUUCAAAACAUGUGUAAGGCGAUCGGACUGACACAGUUAGCAACUGAUAGAAGAUAUCUGACAAACCCGAAGCGUGUUGUGAACAGAGAGACAUUGAUAAAAACCAUACAAGCAAAAUUAUCAGAAGCACCAAGUAAAUAUUGGUUGGAUAUUCUACAUGACGCUGGUGUACCUUGUGGUCGUGUGAAUACAAUAGGAGAGGUAUUUGAUGACCCGCAAGUAUAUGAUCUUGACAUGGUCCUUAAAAUACCACAUCCAACUGCAGGUCAAGUUGUUGUACCAGGUCCGGCCGUUGAUUAUAAUGGCACGUCUAUACUGGUACCUCCUCUGCAUCCGCCUCUGCGUGGAGAGCACACGUUGGAAGUUUUGGAAGACAUAUUGGAGUACGAUAAGAACAAAAUACAGGAACUGCUAGAGAUCGGAAUUAUCGAAGACGGAACUGAUUUGAAGUUUAAAUAGCAUUGUUUUGUUCCAUCUGGUAUAGCUCAUUAAAAUGUGAAGAUGUCAAUAUAUCCCUCAGCGACGAGUAAAAAUAUUUUCUCAGCAUUGCAUGUUUAUGACGAGCCUGUGAAAAAAUUGCUACUUAACAAAUUGCGCGACUUUCUUACUUUUUAAGGCUGGUUUUCGUUCAUACGAUGAAUGAGUUCAAAACGUUUUGUCCACAGACCUUGACCUCACUUGUAGUGGAAACGCGACCUCAAAUAUCGAAUAAAUUUUACUUUUGAAUUCUUUUUUAUUUGGUUCUUUAUGUAACGCAAUAUAUAUGGAGUCAAGAAUGUUUUGUAACAAUAUUUAACAACGUGUAUAUAUUUAAAAAUCACUAAAUU